AUGCCCAAUUCAACUACAGUGAAGGAAUUUCUUCUCAUGGAAUUUUCUGAUGUGUGGGAGCUACGUGUUUUGCACACCAUAUUCUUUUCUUUCAUGUAUUUGGUAACUACAAAGGGAAACAUUCUCAUUGCUACUAUCACUACCCUUGACAGCAGCCUUCACACACCCAUGUACUUUUUCCUCAGAAAUCUGUCCAUCUUGGAUGCCUGCUAUAUUUCUGUUACGGUACCUAACUCAUGCGUCAAUUCCCUGCUUGACAGCAACACCAUUUCAAAGGCAGGUUGUGUAGCUCAGGUCUUCCUAGUGGUUUUCUUGUUUUAUGUGGAGCUUCUAUUUCUCACCAUCAUGGCUCGUGACCGCUUUGUGGCAGUCUGUCAGCCCCUCCACUACCCUGUGAUCAUGAACUCUCAAAUCUGCAUCUGUAUGACACUGGCCUCUCUAUUCAGUGGUCUUGUCUAUGCAGGUGUGCACACUGGCAACACAUUCCGGCUACCCUUCUGUCAGUCUAAUGUUAUUCAUCAGUUCUUUUGUGACAUCCCCUCUCUGUUGAAACUGUCUUGCUCUAACACCUUCAGCAAUGAGAUCACGAUUGUCGUCUCUGGUCUGGUAAUUGGGGGUGGCUGUUUCGUUUUUAUCAUCGGGUCUUACAUCCACAUCUUUUCUACUGUGUUCAGGCUUCCAAGUGGAGCAGACAGAACGAAGGCCUUUUCCACCUGUGUCCCCCACAUCCUGGUGGUGUUAGUCUUCCUCAGCUCAGGUUUCUACGUGUACCUGAGGCCAUCUGCAAUAUCUGCAACCACCCAGGACAUGAUCCUUUCUGUUUUCUAUUCCAUAAUUCCCCCUCUCUUCAACCCCAUUAUCUAUAGUCUUAGAAAUGAGCAAAUAAAAAUUGCCAUCAAGAAAACCAUAAAGAGAUUGUCAUAUCAGUAA